UUUUACAAUCUCAUGCCUGUGCACCUCUUGCAGAACAGGCAACUUGUUCUUUAAAUGAUUACACCAAACAGAAGAUUGGGGAACUGGAAGAACAAGUGAGGCUUAUGACGCAAGAGGCUGAAAAAUCAGAGGCCAGGUUCAUUACAAUGGAAGCUCAGUCCAAAUUGAAAAUCAAUCUGAUUGAAGAGGAGCUGGACAAUGUACAGAUUGUACCUUCUCGGCAGGAGCUGCUGGAGCUCAAAGAUAUAGCCGUUGACUUGGAAGAGGAGAACGAACAGUUACACCUGAAAGUGAACUGGCUACAACACGUCGAGGCACAAAAUGAGGAUCUUCAAGCAAAAUUGGAAGAAUAUGAAGAGCAACACCAGAACAUGCAAGCAGAUUUAGAACAAGCUACCAAGGGACAAACUUCCCAGACAAGUGAAUCUGAAUCUGCAGAGGAACUGCACAGCCGCCUGAUGAAGUGGCGAGAAACGGUUUAUAAGCCAACACCGAGCCAUGACAUCGAUGAGAGGAAUGUCAUGGAAUUAAGGAUGAGGCAACUUGAGGAAGAAAGAGAAGAUUUGAUCUCAGAACUGCAGGAGCUGGAGGAGGAACAGGGGGAUCUUCAGAGACGAGGACAGGAUCAAGGAUGGACAAAGCAGACCACAGCUGGCCAAAAGCUUAGGGCAUGGACCUCUUCUUGUCAGACCAGCACCCAGGGAGCAAACCAUUGAAGUGGAAUCAAUCGAGGAAUGUGAGGAGGCUUUGGAGAUAGACCCCAGUGAACAGGUGGUGGUGGCACGGAAGGUGAAUUUCUUCAAGCGCUUCUUUACUGCCCGAAAAUGAAGACUUCCCGGACCAGGUCACGCUACUUGGUCUUGGCGUACUUUGCGACACCACAUUUGCUUGUUUAAAUGUGCCUGGCGAGGUGUUUGUAGAUGCACUACAGAUGGGAAUGACACCAAUGUAUUUAUCAAAGUUGUUAAUGAGUUGAACACUGACCACCGGUGUAUAAAUGAAUACUGUAUUGUUAAUGUAUGAAAUGUAUGAACGCAGAUCCCAGCGAUGCAUGUUGGUGUUGAACCGGCCGACCCCUGUACGGAGCCGGUUCAGGGCGACCCAGUCUUUGCGGGGCAGGUCCGAGCCAGGUGGGGCUGUGGUGUUUGGUGCAACAGUGAAUUGAGGAGGUCAGGAAGUCUGUUACCAGCUGGUUCU